UUCCACUCAUUAGUUUCCACUCUCUGUCCUUUUGAUAUUGUUCAUGGUUUUCGUCUGUUUUCUGUUCUUCUGAAUUUUGCCGAAAAACGUGGAAAAUUAAUAAUUUUCAAGAUGUUGGGCCCGGCAGUUUUUAUGGACGGUUCCACUGAGGAUCAAGCCCAAGAAUUGAGAAUUUAUUUCAAAAGUCUCGGUGCUGAAAUUAGUGAGGAGAAAUCGCAAAAAGGCAUUGAAGACGAUCUCCACAAAAUAAUUGGCGUUUGCGAUGCGUGUUUCAAAGAGGGAAACGAGAGCGAAAUUGAAACAAUUCUCAACGACAUUGUUUCCAUCAUGAUUCUCGUUUCUCCAACAGACCGUGCUGAAAAUUUAAUUCUUGCCUUUUGUGAAAAAUUAACAAAAGCUCCAGGUUUCAAAUUGGGACUCGUUUGUCUAAAAGCAUUGUGGUUAUUAUUCCAAUCGUUACCAGAGGAUUCGCCAAUGAGGUAUCACGUCUACUACCAUUUGGUGCAAAUCGCUCGCAAUGUCGAUCAAGUGAAAGCAGUUUACGGUGGAAUUGAUCAACUUAAACAGCAAUUCGCUCCAUGCCCACCUUCCAACGAGCAAAUGCAAAAGCUCCUUCGUCUUUUACACGAAGUUCUUCUCACUUGCAAACAGGGAGAGCAAGCGGCAGCAGUGAUGGUCGAACUUUUGGGAACUUACACAUCGGAAAAUGCGUCUGCCGCCAGGGAAGAUGCACAACGUUGCAUUCUUGCAGCUCUCGCUGAUCCAAAUACAUUUUUACUCGAUCCACUAUUAUCAUUGAAACCCGUUCGUUUUCUCGAGGGCGAACUCAUUCACGAUCUUCUUCUUAUUUUCGUUCAAGAAAAACUGCCAGCUUAUCUUAAAUUCCACAAAGAUCACAAAGAAUUCGUUGAACAUACACUUGGUCUCAAUCAUGAGCAGAAUAUGAAAAAAAUGAGACUAUUGACAUUCAUGCAACUCGCAGAAACGAAUCCCGAAAUGACUUUCGAGACAAUUCAGAAUGAGUUGAUGAUCACGGAAGAGGAGGUCGAGAGUUUUAUUAUUGACGUUUUGAAAACAAAACUAGUUCGCGCUCGAAUGGAUCAGGGUGGUCGUAAGGUUUUAAUUUCGAGCACAAUGCACAGGACAUUUGGAAAGCCACAAUGGUUACAACUUCGCGAUUUAUUGGUCGCUUGGAAAGCAAAUCUCACCUCCGUUCAAGAGGGAAUGGCGUCAGUUUCCGUUGCACAAAGAGAACUUGUUGCCAAAACAAAAUCCACAAUAACCCAUUGAUGUCGAUUACCAUCUGUACAAUAAUUAUCCAUCAAUAUUAAAAAAAAAAAAAAAAAAAAAAAAAAAAAAAAAAAAACCAGUCAUAGAAAAAUUGAAA